AUGACCUCAUCCAUUCCCUCCGAGUCCGAGUCGGCCGGCACGCGACCGGUCUACAGGGUCUACAAGCGUCGCUUUUGGGGACUGGCUCAGUUGGUGCUGCUGAAUAUCGUCGUCAGCUGGGAUUGGCUCACCUUCUCCUCCAUCUCCACCACCGCCGCGAAGUACUUCGAGGUCUCCGAGAGCGCCAUCAACUGGAUGAGCACGGGCUACCUGUUCGCCUUUUGCGUCGCAAGCCCAUUCGUCAUCUGGAUCCUCAACAAAGGCGGCCCCAAACCCGCGAUCAUCACUACCGCCACACUCCUGCUCAUUGGCAACUGGCUGCGCUAUGCCGGCACCAGAGCCAACGGCGGCAUCUUCGGCCUCGCCAUGUUCGGGCAGAUCCUCAUCGGCUUGGCGCAGCCAUUCUGUCUUUGCGCGCCGACGCGAUACAGCGACCUGUGGUUCUCGGAUCGGGGUCGCACCAGCGCAACGGCGCUAGCUAGUCUGGCGAAUCCCUUAGGCGCAGCGCUGGGGCAGUUGAUUGAUUCGGCGUGGGCGACGAAACCGUCUGAUAUCCCGAACAUGGUGCUGUAUAUCUCCAUCAUUUCUAGCGUCGCAUCGAUCCCAUCCUUUUUCCUCCCCGCCGCACCACCCACACCCCCCAGCGCCUCCUCCGCUAUCCCACGCACGCCGCUUAUCCCGGCAACGCGUCAACUCCUCGGCACGCUCGAGUUCUGGCUAAUCCUAAUCCCCUUCUCCGUAUACGUGGGAUUCUUCAACAGCGUAUCAUCGCUCCUGAACCAAAUCCUCAGCCCGCACGGGUUCAGCGAGACCGAAGCCGGGAUCGCAGGUGGGAUCCUGAUCGUAGUCGGCCUGUUGAUGGCAGCGAUCAUCUCGCCGCUAACAGACCGGUUCAAACACUAUCUCGGCACUACUCGCGUGCUGGUCCCCAUCGUCGCGGCGUCGUAUAUCGGACUGAUCUUUGCUCCCGGUAGUUCCGCGGGCAUUGCGCCGUCGUACGUCGUUAUGGCGCUUAUGGGCGCGUCUUCAUUUGCGCUGUUGCCCGUUGUGCUAGAGUAUCUCGUUGAGAUCACAUACCCUUUCUCUCCGGAGAUCGGGAGCACCAUCUGCUGGACCGGCGGGCAGUUGCUCGGCGCGUGCUUUAUUCUUAUCCAGGAUGCGCUCAAAGCGGAUGCCCUUGCGCAUCCUGCAUUCAAUAUGCACAAUGCGCUCAUUUUCUCGGCUGUUGUCGCCGUUGUUGCUGCGCCGCCGCCCAUGGUGAUUGGCUUGUUUGGACGCGUGGUGAAGCGCCGCCGGUUGGAUAUCGAUCGUGGUGACGAGGUGCGGGAUCCGGACACCGCGUACGUGGACGGUCCCGGCAGAGAUGGUGGUUCUGACAAGGCUACCUCUGAGGCGACUGGAGUGCUUCAUUCGUCUCCUUCACAGAAAGAGACUGCUUCUUAG